AUGAGGCAUGAUGAAGUAAUGAGAGUCUACUCGAAUGUGAAUCUUCGUAGGAAUCUGCCAGAACUGUCACCAAUACCAUCGGCUCGACAACGAUCAGUCACAGCAAAGGUUAAACCAUUAAGACGAUUACCUUUACCGCCACCUCAAAUAGAAUCAUACGGAGAAAUAAGUCAACAUGUUGAACCAAUAAUUGAUAGGGAAUUCGAAGAUGAAACGCCAGCAGAAGAACACUUUGAAUGGUCUACAGAACCAAUAUAUCCAACCGAAGAAGCUUACUAUGAAAAAUGUCAACACUAUUAUAAUAUAACACAUAUGCCUCUCAUAUCUGUGUCUGACAACAUUUUUGACGAUAAUAUUGAAUUAACAUCGGCAACAUUAGUAUUUGCUAUUGAUGAAGAUCAGAAGGAUGAUAUUGUUAUUAGUAAAAUUCAGAAAGGUUGUGUUAAAGUAGUGUUUGACUUUAUCAAAAAUCUUGCUUCCCAACCAAUAACAAUUCAAGUCAAGGCUCUAUAUUAUUCACUUACCGAUAAAAUCAAAGAGGAAUUGGCUAACUUAAAAGUUUUCUUCAUGUUUAUGGGUGAUCUUAAAUCAUUAGACAGCAAACAAAAAUUUCGUUAUGACAUGACCCUCUAUCCACAAUUUAAUCAUUUAUAUGUUCCAAAUAAAACAUUUUGGACCGGUACCUCUCCGGAUGGAUUAGAUCGUGGUAAUCAACCAUAUUAUUGUCCUACUGGAUGGAAAAGAUACUCAUUUUAUGUUACUGAGAAUUUUUAUGAAAAAUUCAAAGGAUGGUGUAUAUGUUACCAUGGUACGAAAUUUUCUCAUGGUCUCUCGAUUUUGUUGAGUGGAUUAGCACCAGCACGCAUAGCAGCACAUGGUCAAGGAAUAUAUGCAACUCCAUCAAUUACUUAUGCAUGUCAUCCAAGAUAUUCUGAAGUGAAAAAAAUCGAAUCCUCACAUGAGAGAGUAUUUUUCAAAAAUGGAAAUUAUAUUCAAUUUGUAUUACAAUGUCGUGUUCAUCCAAACAAUAUGAUUAACAUUGAUCGUGAAACAUUGAAAGCUUCUGCAACUAAAAUUGAUUCAAACAUAAACAAUGACGCUAUCGAAUGGAUUAUUGAUGCACAAGAAAAAUCUUUGAUGGAUUUUAAUGAUCCAAAUUCUACUAUUAUUUGUACAGGUAUAAUGGUGCGUGUUACAGACAAUCAUCCUGGUUUAUUACCUGAAUCACAAUGGUGUUCAAUUUUUAUCAUUGGCAUUUCCUUGGAUAUUUUUGGACUUAAAUGGAGUAUUAUUCUUAGUGAAAUUGGUUAUAUUUUGUACAUUGUUGCUAAUAUUUAUCCUUUACCUGUAUUUAUGUAUAUCAGUGCAGCUCUUGUUGGUUUUGUUGCUGCUCCAUUAUGGGCAUCUCAAGCGGUAUAUCUUGGUCGCAUUGCUCACUAUUAUGCACAACAUAAACAUCAAACACCAGAAGUCUAUGUUAGCUUAUUUUUUGCAAUCUUCUUUGCUAUCUUUGGUACAAAUAUUUUUUGGUGUAAUUUAAUAUCAUAUUUUGUGCUUAAUCAAUCGAAUCAUCACAGAAAGUUAAUUGUGGAAUAUAUUUCAAUCCAAAAUCAACCUUAA